AUCCUCUUUCUUCCCCACAAUUACCGUCAAAAUUAUUUCUCUACACCUCUAGCUCUCUCUUUCUUUUCUCUCUUUGAUCAGCAAUGAGCAUGAGAUCUAGAACAAGCAAGAAGAUGAGGGGCUUCAUGUGCCAAUCUCCGGCGGCAACUGCGGUGUGCAUGGCGACGGAUUCCGGGUCGGUGGUUGUGCCGAGAAGGUCGUCGAAUCAGAGAGCUCAGAUUGAUCAUAGACGCUUAAAUAUGAUCAACAAUGGCAAGUACACCAGGCUUGCUGUGGACGAUAAGAGAGCAGAUUUUGCCCCAUGCAUGAAAAGAGAACAAGAUCCGGAGCAUCUGCCAAAGCCCCCCCUUCAGAAACCAUCUUCAAUAGCUUCGUCAGACACUGUCUUCCAGGUUGUUGUGAUGCGGGUAUCUAUUCAUUGCCAAGGCUGUGCUGGCAAGCUUAAGAAGCAUCUCUCCAAAAUGGAAGGUGUUACUUCAUUCAGUAUCGACGUGGAAGCAAAGAGGGUGACGGUAAUGGGACACGUUUCACCGGUGGGAGUUCUAGAGAGCGUUUCAAAGGUGAAGAAGGCUGAGUUUUGGCCCUGUUGAAUCAUCCUUACCCAAAAUAUAUGAUUAUAUGAAUUUUAAUUAUAUUGACAAUGACAUGUGUUGGUUGGACAAUA